ACAAGAUCUAAAUUUCUCGUUUCGAUAAAUACCCAACCCAAAGAGAUAUUCACUUCACAAACACUCUCUUCGACUCGCACAGCAAACCCCACAAAUCUCUAGGGUUUUUACGAAUUUUUUCAAAACCCUAAUUUAUCAGUAAAGAAUGGGAGAAACAAAAGAGAUCGAUACGUACGAGGAGGAGCUUCUUGAUUAUGAAGAGGAAGAAGAGAAAGUACCAGAUUCUAAUGGUGCUAAAGCUACUGGCGAAGUUGCCAAAAAGGGUUAUGUUGGAAUACACAGUUCUGGAUUCAGAGAUUUUCUAUUAAAGCCGGAGCUUCUUAGAGCAAUUGUUGAUUCGGGAUUUGAGCAUCCAUCUGAAGUUCAACACGAAUGCAUUCCUCAAGCUAUUUUGGGUAUGGAUGUUAUCUGUCAAGCAAAGUCUGGGAUGGGAAAAACUGCUGUCUUUGUCCUCUCGACAUUGCAGCAGAUUGAGCCUGUUGCUGGACAAGUUGCUGCUCUAAUCUUGUGUCACACUCGAGAAUUGGCUUACCAGAUCUGCCACGAGUUUGAACGGUUCAGCACAUACCUGCCUGAUAUUAAAGUUGCUGUGUUCUAUGGUGGUGUUAACAUCAAGACCCACAAGGAAUUAUUGAAAAACGAGUGCCCUCAUGUUGUUGUUGGUACUCCUGGAAGGAUACUAGCAUUGGCCAGGGAAAAGGACCUUGCAUUGAAGAAUGUUAGGCACUUCAUUCUUGAUGAAUGUGAUAAAAUGCUGGAGUCUCUUGACAUGCGAAAAGAUGUACAGGAGAUUUUCAAGAUGACUCCUCAUGAUAAGCAAGUCAUGAUGUUUUCAGCCACACUCAGCAAGGAAAUUCGUCCUGUCUGCAAGAAAUUUAUGCAAGAUCCAAUGGAAAUCUAUGUUGACGAUGAGGCGAAGUUGACCCUACACGGGCUCGUGCAGCACUACAUAAAAUUGACCGAGCUGGAGAAAAACCGCAAAUUGAAUGAUCUACUGGAUGCGUUGGACUUCAAUCAAGUUGUAAUUUUUGUCAAAAGUGUGAGCAGAGCAGCUGAACUUAACAAGUUACUCGUGGAGUGCAACUUCCCAUCAAUUUGCAUCCAUUCUGGAAUGUCUCAGGAAGAAAGGUUGACUCGCUACAAAGGUUUCAAGGAGGGGCAUAAGAGGAUUCUUGUAGCAACGGAUUUGGUUGGUAGAGGAAUAGACAUUGAACGCGUCAACAUUGUGAUCAACUAUGAUAUGCCUGAUUCUGCUGAUACUUACUUGCAUAGGGUUGGCAGAGCAGGUCGAUUUGGUACAAAAGGGCUUGCAAUUACCUUUGUCUCAUCUGCUUCCGACUCAGAUGUUCUUAACCAGGUUCAAGAGAGGUUUGAGGUAGACAUUAAAGAGCUUCCAGAGCAAAUUGAUACUUCAACAUACAUGCCCUCUUAAAGCUCAUCAGAAAGCCGGGAGAUCUGCUAACAGUUUCAAGGCUGAAUUUCAAGGACAUCAUUAAAUUUAUGUACCAUUUGAGAGGGUGAUUGGAGUUGAAUGAUACUCCUGCAACUGUCUUCUUCUACUGCUGCUGAUUUAAGUUCAGUUUCUUUUCUAAAUUGCAGCUAGAGAUUGUGAACUAGUUUCUAUUAUCUAUCCAGUUUCUAGAUACCUAAAACAUUUCUCAUAUGUAACAUUAGUGAUUAGUCUGGCAUUCUGCUUGAUCAGCCUUUUAAUUGUUAUGAAACCAAGCUGAAUGUGAGUCGAUUUUCCAUUUCUUUGUUAUGUUUGAUUAUCAAAUUAAAAAUUUAAAACAUGUUAUAGCA